UCAUGAACUAUUUCCAUUUUUAGAUCGUAUAUGUCGGACAACGAAACGACGUCGUAUGAACGGGCGACGCCAUUUCCUUUGGCAUCUAUGAUCUACCUCGUCAGUACUGAACAAUUUGAAAACCCUAAAUAAGCUUGCUUUUCUGGCUCUGUGAAGAAGAAAAAUUACAAAAUCAGCAGAGAUCAAUCGGAUCAAAUCGAACUGUGAGUACAAGAAUGGCUAUGGCUGCUUUGAGACGCGAAGGAAGGCGUUUCGCCGCCCCUCUCAUCUCCAACAACCCUAUCAACCCCUUCCGUUCCUCUUUCGCCCCUGCUGAGGAGCAAGCAUUAUUGGGAGUUCGUUCUAUUUCAACUCAAAUCGUCCGCAACCGUAUGAGGAGUGUUAAGAACAUUCAGAAAAUAACUAAGGCAAUGAAGAUGGUUGCAGCCUCAAAGCUUCGAGCAAUUCAAACUAGAGCUGAAAACUCACGUGGGUUAUGGCAGCCAUUCACUGCUCUUCUCGGUGACACUCCAAGUGUUGAUGUCAAGAAAAAUGUUAUUGUUACAAUUACUUCGGAUAAAGGUCUUUGUGGUGGUAUUAACUCUACAUCUGUCAAGAUAAGCAGGGGUCUUCGUAAGUUAAAUUCAGGUCCGGACCAGGAAAGUAAAUAUGUCAUUUUGGGAGAGAAGGCCAAGGCCCAACUUGUGCGAGACUCCAAGAAACACAUUGAGUUAAUUAUAACUGAGUUGCAGAAGAAUCCUCUAAACUAUACUCAGGUUUCUGUACUUGCAGAUGACAUUUUAAAGAAUGUAGAGUAUGAUGCAUUGAGGAUUGUUUUCAACAAGUUCCAAUCCGUUGUCUCUUUUCUGCCAACAACAGCAACUGUGUUAUCCCCCGAGGUCGUUGAGAGAGAAGCUGAAUCUGGGGGAAAACUUCGGGAAUUAGACUCCUACGAAAUUGAAGGAGGUGAAACAAAGUCAGAAGUACUGCAGAAUCUCACAGAAUUCCAGUUUUCCUGUGUUAUGUUCAAUGCGGUCCUAGAAAAUGCUUGCAGUGAGCAAGGAGCCAGAAUGUCUGCAAUGGACAGCUCCAGCAGAAAUGCAGGAGAUAUGCUCGAUCGCCUCACUCUUGCUUAUAACAGAACCCGUCAAGCAUCUAUCACUACAGAGCUGAUAGAGAUUAUAUCUGGAGCAUCAGCACUGCAGGGUUGAUUCAACAAAUCUUGUGCAGCCUCCCUCGUCUACCCUCUUCCAACAAUGAUGAAAUAAAGAAAAUACUGCAAAGGUUUUGCAGUUUUGAGGAUGUGGUAUUGAGUUUUUUGGUUUAUCUUUUAGCAAUCUCCCUGCCUGAUCUCAUUUCUGGGGAAUACUUGUGUGUUAAGAUUGUCACGAAAACCUGGUUACCUUUUCAUCUGUUUUCCGAAGUAAAUUUCUGCUGUGCUUUCUUGGCUUCGGUUAUGUCAUAUGUGUUGGGUUGUUAAUGAGGAUGGAAGGAAGCUCCUCUGAAUUUACAUUUUUCUCAACCUAGUUAUAAUGGCAGUUAGUUUGACUAAGUCG